GGCCGCAUUUUACUGAAUGUCAACUCUAAAUAUGUUGGAAAAGUAAAUAAAAAUGUUUAGGUCACAUUCUUACGUAAUAUUAUGUUUCCUGCCGGUUCUAUUUCAAUUAGGAACAUGCGCAGUAGACAUCCCCCGCGCCCCCUUCCUCUCACUCUACAGCCCUGGCGACCCGGAGUACACGGACGUUCUCGUCAAGAGGGUUGAGGAGAACCUUACGCUGGUCUGCGAGCUGCAAGGGGAUAGCACGCCGAGGAUGUACGUGUGGAACUACGUCGGGGGGAAUGUUUCGCACUCCAGUGGAGAUAGACCGUACAUAACGGAACCAGUGGGCCCGUCGACCUUUGGCAAGCUGAUGAAAUAUAACUUGCAGUUGUCGGACAGCGGCCAUUACAUGUGUUCGUCGCCGCCAUUUAGUGUCACGAAGUACAUACUCGUGCAGAGCAAAGGUGGCCCGCGGCAGUGCGCGCGCGGCGCCUUCUGGUGCGGGCGCCACUGCGUGCUGGCCGCGUACGUGUGCGACGGGUUCCGCGACUGCCGCAACGGCGAGGACGAGGCCGUGCCGCUGUGCGCCGACCGGCCCUGCAACAGACCAGACAAACUGAACUGUUCGACGGGCCGGUGCAUCUCCGAAGCGGCCUGCUGCCGCGCACGGUCCCCUCGCUGCCAGCACCCCUCCUGCUGCGACGAGCAUCCGAGGUACUCUACGUUAGAAGGAGGUUACAUGGAGGUGGAGUACCCUCCGUUGUUCGAGGACCGACACGCUCCCGACGAGUAUGGGUUCAUUCAAUCCACCAUUUAUACCGUCACAGCGUGCGCGCUGAUCUUCAUGAUCGCCGUGGUGCUGCUGGUGUCGGCCAUCUGCAAGAUGCACAUGAAGCGCGCGGCGCUGCGCGGCUACGCGCACGCCGACCGCGCGGCGCGCCGCCACUACGGGCUGCACUACGCGCAGGCGCAGCGCUUCCCGCCGUGCUACGAGGCGUCGCGCCUGCUGGAGCAGGCCGCCGCCGCGUCGCCGCCCGGCAGCCCCGACCGGCCCGACAGGCCCGACAGGCUCGACAGGCAGCCCUUGCAGUGCAACCCGUCAUGUCCGUCCGACGACUCUCCCGCCGAGGAGCAGCCAGCUGAUGCUGCAGAAGACAGCCCCACCGGCUUCGGCCUUGCACGGCUGUCGGCCAUAUUCUCCAGUCGAUACCGACAGAUGUUCUACGACCCGGACAUAACAGCGUGCGGUCGCGAUCUCAACUACAUGGCGACACCGCUGGAGUUCUACCGCAGGCGGACGCUUCGAACCAAUCUAGACCGAGUUCUAGACCAAAUCAACCGUCCCCGCCCCCUCACCUUGCAACUCGGUAGGUUCCAACUCAGCAUACCUAGGUUAGGCCGCAGGACGUCCACCGAAAGGAGACCUGACACUCCCAAUGUGGCGGAGCUGAAUAUAGACGAUCUGGACUUUGUUAGACUGAAUUCUAACGAGACGUAUACUUUAAACGGCCGUACUAUUCGUCUUUUGGGUGCAAAUUUCGAAAACUACCCCGUUUUAAACGAUAACUUGAGUACGACUGUACGUCCGCCGCCGUACACUGAAGCUAUGAGGUAUAAACUCUACGGGCCGCCUCCGGAAUAUCUGAGCCGGGACGCGUUGAACAACGAAACGAAUAGCGAAGUAACCGUUACUGAGGAACAGGCGAGAAAUAACGUUGAAAUGCCGCCUUGUUACGAUGAAUUGGCUUCUGGCGGCGAUAGCGCCAAUAAUAACGUCGAAACUGGUGUUAGUAAUGUGGCAGAAAUCAACGAAGCCUCGAGUGGUCAAGCUAAUGUAGCAAGUAACACAAAUAACGUAACGAAUAACGAUGCUAACAUUGAGAAUUUAAGCGCCGUUAUUGAUAAUCUGCCUGCCAUAGACAGCGAUGUCAACGCUAACGAAACUGAAACGCGUUGCAACGAAGUAACCGUUAACAAUAACGUUAAUAAUAAUUAAGCAUUUAGAUCUCUUAUGUAGCACCAUUCCUUGCCAGUUUAAUGUCCUCAUAGUGCCUUAGAUUCUUAAAAAUCGUUCACAAAUUAGAUUAAAUGUUAGCAAAAUUUUAAAAUUUAUUCGAAUUAAAAUAAAAUCAAAAUAUUUUUUCGUAAUAAUUAUAAGACUAAGAAACGACAAUGUAAUUUAUAAGCGCAGCUGUUCGUGAACCGUUCUUUUUUGUAAUAAUGUUUUGUGAAACGUUAUUUUUAACGUUAUUUUAGUUAAGCAUGUUAUGUUGCCAUAACGAUGUACCGUUAUUUUUUAAGCAGUGAU